AUCAAGAGCUCCACAACCUCUUAAUAAUUUCACCUAAAAAAUCAGAUAAUUCCUCAGAAAAAUCUCCUUUUUAUACGUUGUUUGCUUCGAAGGAAAAAAAAAAAAGAAGAAGAAAUCUGAGGUUAUAUCAGUAGGGAAAAUUUCGUCUGAAUAUCUACAGAAUAGCUGCUGAGGGAGGUCUGGAUUUCUUUUUUCGAACGGUAAUUUAGGAGUUUCUGAAGUUUGAGGGAGUUUCAGGAGAUAGUUUUUGUAGAUAAAUAGAAGGUUCUAGAAAUUUCGAUUUUGUUGAGAGAGGUGCAACGGUUUUGUUGUUGAUUUAUUGGAAGUAAUCGAGGUUGAUUCUUCAUUUUCCGAUUGGUAAUUUGUGGAAUUUGGCGCGCAGCAAUCUGCGUAGGAUGUUGAAUUAUGAUAUUUUGAUUCUUGAUUGGUAGCGGUUUUCUGAGUUCUCGGUUGUUGGUUCUGGUGUGCUUGUUGUUUGUUAGCUGUUAUGAUUGAUUCGAAGAGUUUUGUAUUUGGAAGAUAAAUUGUAUUUCCCAUCCCAUGGCUAGUUCAUCUGAGAGGUGGAUUGAUGGCCUUCAGUUCUCCUCACUGUUCUGGCCUCCUCCACAAGACCUUCAACAAAGAAAGGCUCAAAUUACUGCAUAUGUUGAGUACUUUGGUCAAUUCACAUCAGAACAAUUCCCUGAAGAUAUAGCUGAGCUGAUUCGCAGCCGCUAUCCAUCAGCAGAAAAGCGCCUUUUUGAUGAUGUUCUGGCGACAUUUGUCCUUCAUCAUCCAGAGCAUGGACAUGCUGUUGUACAUCCAAUUAUUUCGUGCAUAAUUGAUGGAACACUGGUGUAUGAUAAGAGUAGUCCUCCCUUUGCUUCAUUCAUUUCCUUAGUCUGCCCAAGUAGUAAGAAUGAGUAUUCUGAACAGUGGGCUCUGGCUUGUGGGGAGAUAUUGCGAAUUUUGACUCAUUACAACCGUCCAAUAUUUAAGGUGGACCCUCCAAAUAGUGAAACAGAGAGAAGCACUGGAAGCAGCAGUACAAGUACAAAUUCCAUAGAUGGGGAAUCAUCCUGCCAAAUACCUCUGAUGCAGCAAGAGAGGAAGCCUUUAAGGCCUCUAUCUCCUUGGAUUACUGAUAUAUUGCUUGCUGCUCCUCUGGGCAUCAGAAGUGACUAUUUCCGCUGGUGUAGCGGGGUUAUGGGUAAAUAUGCAGCUGGAGACCUCAAGCCACCUACAACUGCUUAUUCUCGUGGGUCUGGAAAGCAUCCUCAACUCAUGCCAUCAACCCCAAGAUGGGCUGUUGCUAAUGGUGCUGGUGUUAUUUUAAGUGUGUGUGAUGAGGAAGUUGCUCGCUAUGAGACAGCUACUUUGACAGCUGCAGCAGUACCUGCACUUCUACUUCCUCCUCCAACAACAGCUCUAGAUGAGCAUUUAGUUGCUGGCCUACCUGCUCUUGAGCCAUAUGCACGGUUAUUUCAUCGAUACUAUGCCAUUGCAACACCAAGUGCCACACAAAGACUUCUUCUUGGACUUCUAGAGGCACCACCAUCAUGGGCCCCUGAUGCUCUUGAUGCAGCAGUUCAGCUUGUGGAACUCCUUCGUGCUGCUGAAGAUUACGCAUCUGGUAUAAGGCUUCCUAGGAACUGGAUGCAUUUGCAUUUUUUGCGUGCAAUUGGGACUGCAAUGUCUAUGAGAGUAGGCAUAGCUGCUGAUGCUGCUGCAGCAUUACUCUUUCGCAUACUCUCACAGCCUGCAUUGCUUUUUCCUCCAUUGAGGCAAGUUGAGGGAGUGGAAGUUCAGCAUGAACCUUCAGGCUCUUAUGAUUCAUGCUACAUGAAGCAGAUAGAAGUACCUGCCGCUGAAGCAACCAUUGAAGCCACUGCCCAAGGAAUUGCAUCCAUGCUUUGUGCCCAUGGACCUGAGGUGGAAUGGAGAAUUUGUACCAUAUGGGAAGCUGCUUAUGGACUAAUUCCCUUAAGCUCCUCAGCAGUUGAUCUUCCUGAAAUCGUUGUUGCAUCCCCAUUGCAACCUCCAAUACUAUCAUGGAAUCUCUACAUACCACUCCUUAAGGUCCUGGAAUACCUUCCCCGUGGAAGUCCAUCUGAAGCUUGUCUGAUGAAGAUAUUUGUGGCUACUGUUGAAGCAAUUCUCCAGAGAACUUUUCCAUCUGAGUCCUCAAGGGAGCUAACCAGGAAAGCAAGAUACAGCACAGGUUCUGCCUCUAAGAACCUUGCCAUUGCAGAGCUUCGCACUAUGGUCCAUUCCCUCUUUCUAGAAUCAUGUGCUUCCAUAGAGCUUGCUUCACGCCUACUAUUUGUUGUCUUAACUGUGUGUGUUAGCCAUGAAGCUCAGUCCAAUGGGAGUAAAAGACCAAUAGUUGAAGAAAGUUAUCCUCCUGAGGAAAGCAUUGAAGAGUCCCAGGUACCACCUGAAAGGUAUAAAGAAAUUAAUGCUAGAAAGAGGAAAAAACAAGGGCCUGUAGCUGCAUUUGAUUCUUAUGUUCUGGCUGCUGUUUGUGCUCUUGCAUGUGAGCUUCAGUUGUUCCCUAUCAUCUCAAGGGGGAGUAAUCAUUCAGCUUCCAAAGAUGGUCGAGCUGUAGCCAAGCCUGCAAAAAUAAAUGGAUCUUGUAAUGACUUUGGACAUAGUAUUGACUCAGCUAUUCAUCAUACUCAUAGAAUCUUAGCUAUAUUGGAGGCACUUUUUUCUUUGAAGCCAUCUUCCAUUGGUACCUCAUGGAGUUACAGUUCAAAUGAAAUAGUUGCUGCAGCUAUGGUUGCUGCUCAUGUGUCUGAACUAUUUAGACGGUCUAAGGCUUGCAUGCAUGCUCUCUCUGUCUUAAUGCGGUGCAAGUGGGACAAUGAAAUUCACAAGAGGGCAUCGUCACUAUAUAAUCUCAUUGACAUUCACAGCAAGGCUGUUGCAUCCAUAGUUGACAAAGCAGAACCAUUAGAAGCAUACUUAAUGCAUGCACCUGUUUUGAAAGAUUCCCGUUUUGGUUUAAAUGGCAAAAAGCAGAAAAAUUGUUCAAGUACCUCUUGCUUUGAUCCAGGGCAACCAUCUACUUCAGAAUAUGCAGAAUCAUCCCAUUCAGAAAACAAUCUCAGAUGUGAGAGAGCAUUACAUUCAGAUGAGGGUUCUGGAAAUGCCUUGGGUAAAGGUAUUGCAAGCCUCCCAUUAGAUGCUUCAGAUUUAGCCAAUUUCCUCACCAUGGACAGGCACAUAGGAUUCAAUUGCAGUGCACAAGUUCUUCUAAGAUCAGUGCUUGCAGAGAAACAAGAAUUAUGCUUCUCUGUUGUUUCACUAUUAUGGCACAAGCUGAUAGCAGCUCCCGAAACACAACCCAGUGCAGAGAGCACAUCUGCCCAACAAGGAUGGAGACAGGUGGUUGAUGCACUAUGCAAUGUUGUAUCAGCAUCACCAACAAAAGCAGCUGCAGCAGUUGUUCUUCAGGCGGAGAGGGAAUUGCAGCCAUGGAUCACAAAAGAUGAUGACCAAGGUCAGAAGAUGUGGAGGAUCAACCAGCGGAUUGUAAAAUUGAUUGUGGAGCUAAUGAGAAAUCAUGAUAGCCCAAAAUCAUUGGUAAUUGUGGCAAGUGCAUCAGAUUUACUCUUACGUGCAACAGAUGGGGUGCUUGUUGAUGGAGAAGCUUGUACUUUACCACAGUUGGAGCUACUGGAAGCGACAGCAAGAGCAGUUCAUCCUGUGCUGGAGUGGGGAGAAUCUGGACUGGCAGUGGCAGAUGGUCUUUCAAACCUGUUAAAGUGUCGUCUACCAGCCACCAUCCGAUGUCUUUCUCAUCCAAGUGCCCAUGUUCGAGCUCUCAGCGUAUCAGUUCUUCGCGAUAUUCUGCACACAGGAUCAACUAUGUCUAAUUCCAAACCAGUAGAAAGAAAUGGCAUCCACGGUCCGUCCUAUGGUCAAUACUUCAGUAUAGACGUCAUUGACUGGCAAGCUGAUAUCGAGAAGUGCUUAACAUGGGAAGCUCGUAGCCUACUCGGAAGAGGAAUGCCAAUUAACUUUCUCCAGGUGGCUGCCAAAGAAUUAGGCUGUACUAUUUCCUUUUAAUGUCAAUUUAACUUGAGGAUUCGUCCCAUGUGAGACCUGCUAAUAGGAAUAGACCUAUCAAUCUGCUUAAAGGAUAUGGUUUGGCCGAUGAGGUAUCUAUUCAUUAGCCUUUGAAUGUUAUGAGCUUUUUUAGUGUAUAGUAAAAAAUGUAAAACCGGGCUCGUAUGAGCUCAUGUGUUGUGUUUGAUAUCAUUCGAUUUUUAGCUGGAUUUGUAUCAUUUGUAUGAUAUAGAGGCACGGGUUCCAUUUUGCUGGUCAGAUUAACUCUGGCGAUUGGAUUUGCAAGAAGCCAGCUGCUUGGAUACUUGAUUCGUUUAGGCACUUCAUUGCAUUUGGUGUUCUUCACGUCUCCUGGUUUUAUGUAUGUAUUGGCAUCAUUCUUCAUUGAAAGGGUCUGGGUUGAAUUUUUCUUCUUCCUCUUCUCCUUUUUUUUUUUUUUUUUUCUUGCUUUAUUUGUUACAAGGGGUGCCGAAUUCAGAGUGGGAGGGGGAGACGGAGUCGAACUCUCAUCCUGAAGUAGCCAAGUGGAUGCUCAAGUGGCUAUUGACCGUUGAGUUACUACCAGUGGUCGGGUUUGGGUUGAAUUAUUCCUCUUGAAGGUGUUGAAGUGUGGCAGGUUUCAAACGGUAGAACUCGAAUGUGAUUUUCAUGAACUGUUUUGAGGCCUUACGAGCACCAAUUAAAU